GUGAUCUAUCGAGCCUUAUCUCCCUGGCAGUCAGUGGAUCCCUACGGACCAUCUGCUCAGGACCAGCUCAUGAUCACCAACCUGAGAGUCCGCCUGCUGCAGCGCCAGCCGUGUCCCUGCCAGGCCAAACACCCCGGUGCUGCUGCGCUCCCCACAAACCACUACGCCAUUUAUGAUUUCAUUGUCAAAGGCAGCUGCCUUUGCAAUGGACACGCUGACCAAUGCGUUCCAUCCAGGAGCUACCAAACCAGCCAGCAGAGGACGAGUAACAUGGUCCAUGGUAAGUGUGUGUGCAGACACAACACGGCCGGUGACCACUGUGAGCGCUGUGCACCUCUCUACAAUGACCGGCUGUGGCAGGCUGCCAAUGGCCUCAAAGGGACGCCACACGAGUGCCAGAAGUGCAAGUGUAAUGGCCACGCCAGGAGCUGCCACUUCAGCCGUGGGUUGUGGCUGGUCACCGGACGACGGAGCGGCGGCGUGUGUGACAGCUGCCGCCACAACACAGAGGGCCGCCACUGCCAGAACUGCAAGACGGGUUUCUACAGAGACCCUGCUCAUCCAAAAACGGCCCCUGACUCCUGCAAACCCUGUUCAUGCCACCCUGUCGGCGCCGUCCUCUCGGGUGGGAGCCCUCUCUGCAACCCUACCAGCGGGGAGUGCACUUGCAAGCCUGGCGUAGGCGGCCACCGCUGUGACAGCUGCAUGAUGGGAUACUGGGGGCUGCACGAAUACGGCUGCCGCCCAUGCGACUGUACGGGGGACUGUGACCCCUAUACCGGGGACUGCAUUUCUGGCUCAGACGUGGAGGUCUUCUAUACAGUCACUGGCCACAUGGGACACAGCAGCAAUAAUAGUGAGACGGCACUCUUUAGGGCAGAGGAGCUUUUCUCUGCACUGCACCACUCUGAGAAAUGCGAAUGUGUUGAAUUAACGCUCGGCAGCCCUAAACUCUUCUGUGCUGCAGAGUACGACUACG